GCGGGGCCAUGCUAAUGACGUCAAUGGAAUGGGAGAGGUGACGAGCCCCUUCUGCGCUCCGCCCCGUGUGGGUGACGGGAGGGGGAGGGAGCCAGGCAGAGCUGAUCCCACGUGUGACGCUCGCAUUCCCGGCUCAGUAAUAUUCUCUUAGCUCUGACAGUGUGUGUGUUAGUUACUGGCCAUAGUUGGGUUAGCCAUGGAGGGAGACGGGAGCCAAGCCACAUCUGGAAGCCCUAACGAUUCGCAACACGACCCGGGUAAAAUGUUUAUCGGUGGCCUCAGCUGGCAAACUUCACCAGACAGCCUUAGAGACUAUUUUAGUAAAUUUGGAGAAAUCAGAGAAUGUAUGGUGAUGAGAGAUCCCACGACAAAACGCUCCAGGGGAUUUGGCUUCGUUACGUUUGUGGAUGCGGCCAGUGUAGAUAAGGUCCUAGCUCAACCUCACCACGAAUUAGACUCAAAGACGAUUGAUCCUAAAGUUGCCUUUCCAAGACGCGCUCAACCCAAGAUGGUCACAAGAACAAAGAAAAUAUUUGUAGGCGGAUUAUCAGCUAACACAGUAGUUGAAGAUGUGAAGCAGUAUUUUGAACAGUUUGGCAAGGUAGAAGAUGCUAUGCUUAUGUUUGAUAAAACUACAAAUAGACAUAGAGGAUUCGGCUUUGUAACUUUCGAGAACGAGGAUGUGGUGGAAAAGGUCUGCGAGAUUCAUUUUCACGAAAUCAAUAAUAAAAUGGUAGAAUGUAAGAAGGCCCAGCCGAAAGAAGUGAUGUUUCCUCCAGGGACGCGGGGGAGAGCUAGAGGUCUGCCCUACACCAUGGACGCCUUUAUGCUGGGAAUGGGCAUGCUGAGUUAUCCAAACAUUGUAGCAACGUAUGGCCGUGGAUACACUGGUUUCGCCCCAAGCUACAGCUACCAAUUCCCUGGCUUCCCGGCAACAGCAUACGGUCCAGUAGCGGCGGCGGCAGCAGUGGCGGCAGCGCGCGGCUCAGGUAGGGGGGCCCGUGGAAGAGGCGGCUACGCAGCAUACCCUCAGAGCACAGGGCCAGGCUUCCCCGAUUACGGUUUCUAUUCCUCGCCAAGCGACCAACGGGGGCCCCCCCUUUCCUUUGCGGACUAUGGCUCCCUGGGCCCCCAGGCGGCUCAGCUGCUGCAAAGCGAGCAUGCCACAUCAGCCUGCAACUCCCCUCUCCAGCACCUGGCCAGCCCGGAUCAGUAUAAGAGCCCAGGCACCAACCCGCCCCGGCCUGGAGCCUUCCCUGGAGCCAGCAGCCCCGGGCCAGUGGCUGACCUGUACGGCCCAACCAGCCAGGACUCCGGCGUGGGCAACUACAUUAGCGCUGCUAGUCCCCAGCCCGGCUCCGGCUUCGGACACAGCAUUGCUAGUUUAUCAGGAGGCCCGGGGAAGACUGGCCGGAGUUUCUAAUUGGUUCUGUGUACAGGUAAAGGCCAUUAAACUUCAAGCACUACAGCGCUGAACGGGAAUCUAAAGCUGAGAUGGCGCCACACGAAGAACAAACCGACACGUCAGAAUCAUCUCAGAAAGAAGAAAAAAAGAAAAAAACAACUAAACAAUCUGCUGUACUAUACUGAAAACCUGGCUUUUGAAUAUUUUAUCCUAGCGUAGCCCUGACCUUGAAUUAGGAUUUUAUUUUUCCUUUAUUGUUUUUCCUUUUAGUCAUCUUUUAUUGUGUACACGUUGAAUCAACCAACGUUUGUUUGAGUUUCUAGAUGUUCUUCAUUGUUCUUGAAUGUUCUCUGAUGAGAGCGACUAUGUAAGCAUAAACUAAUGUCUUUUUUUUCUUUUCUUUUUUUUUUUUCUGUUGUUGUUUUUUGAGGUAGUAAUAUUCCAAUAGCGGUUUCAUUUCACAGUCCUCGUCUAUCACGUUUUCAGGUUUCGUUUCAUUCAAGCAAGAAAACGGUUUGAAAUGACUCAGACAUUUUUAAUUCAAGCCUAAACCGCAGUGAGUGGGUCACUCAAAAAAAAAAAAAAUCUUAGUAGCUCUGUUCUAUGUUUAUUGUGAUGUCUUGUUAACCAUGAUUACCUAUUUUGGGCAAUAAGAGGACUACAAUAUUUUCACAGUCCUUUUUUAUAAAUGUCAUUUUUGUUGUCGAUGAUGAAAAAAAAAAAAGAAAAAGCUUUCCUUUUAAUACUUUGUGAAAUGAGAUUUAAAAAGAAAAGAAUUCUGAAACUGUAAAUAUUAUUCUGUUCACUGCAUCAAACUGUUUCUGAGAGAGAACCAUAUUUUUGUGAUGGUGUCAUAGAGGUUGUAUCGUGCGCAAGCCGCAAUAUGUCAGUGCAAAAAUAUCUCCGAGGCUCAAUGCAGUAACCGAGGUCCAUCUGUAGCACAAAAGGCCGUGAUUAACCCCAGUACGGACGAAACUCAAUCCAACACUGUUAGCUCGCUUUGUAAAUACCGUCGGCUUUACAACUGUGCAGGUGUCAUACCAGCAUAUGGAUUAGAUGAUAGUACGUUAAGAUGUGCACAGCUUACAAAGAGAAUAUACUCCUUCACAAGGUAUACCGAAAUCACCACAAAAAUCCAAAGCACACAUGAAUUAUGAUUUCCAACCAUGUCGAGACAUUUCAUGUUAACGUUUCGUUUUGCCGUUCUAGCGUGGGCUUCUUUUUCCCGUCGAGCGUCCGUGCGCGUGGAACGAUUCGGCGAUAUUUCAAAACCGCUCUACGAUUAGGAAAAACAAGUCUUUUGUACCAUUACCUCAGUCCUGUGAGAAUUACUUUAAAGGAGAUUACAAAUUAAUAAUUUAUUUUAGCCUGAGACAGAUAUUGAAAAAGAUAUUAAAGUGUUGUUUUGAAAUUAAGUAAAUCAUUGCACUGUGAGAGAGAGAGAGAGAGAGAGAGAGAGAGCGAGAGAGAGAGAGUUUAUCAUUUUCUAUUUGCACAUGUCAACUGACAGUCUCUAACAUGGGUCAUGUGAAGGACCGCCGCGGAAGCCGUUUGUUUCUUUCCUUCCGCGCAGGAUAACACUUACAAAUCUCGAGUCUUGGCUUGCGUUGAUUUGAAGACUGUACUUUUAAAUGAUCUCUUUCCAGGGAUUUUAUUCUAGAAUAUCAGAGAUGACAGAUGAGUUUAUUGGUAGCAAUAGUUCAUUUCCUCAGAAACACUGAAACUGAUUGAAACCAGUAGCUGCUACACACAUUUGUUGUACAUGUGGGGACUGGAUUUGAUGAGACACAAAUGGCAUUUAGAAAUAUGAAUGAUAUUUACAAAUAUGAAUUGACUGAUGUAUGCUGUUAUUCGAUCUUGUUGAAAAUGCUUUAUUUAUUUUUUUGUGGGGGGGGGGGUUGUUUUUGUUUUUGUUUUUGUUUGUUCAUUUCACUAAACUAACAGGUGAGGCAGAAUGCUGGACGCGAUAAAGUAAUAUGAUUUUAAAAAGACAAGGAGAACUUUGUGCUAACUGUUUGAGCUGUUUCAAAAAAGACAAACGUACAAAAAAGGAAAAAAAAAAAAAAAAAAAAGGAAGAAAAUUAUCCCGAACAUGUUUUCGAUUUAAAUAGGGAUGGAUUUUUAUCAAUAUUUUUGUGGAUGUUAAUGAUUAUACUAAAUAUAACAAUGACAAUAAUACAGAUAUUAUGUACUGUAUUUAUCAAUUGUUUCUCUUCAUUCCCUGUCACCUCAUUCAGUAAUCUUAUGUUGAUCAUUGUAUUUUAGUAGUGUGUAAAAAAAAAAAUGAAAAAAAAAAAAAAAACAGGAAUAUGACUUUACCUUGUAAAAGAGUGCUGUCUUGAUGCCAGUGUAGUGGUCUAUACACUUCUUGGUUGGUAUUUUUCACAUUUCCCCCCCUCCUCUCACUCUCCUUUUGUCGUUUUCCCCCUUUCUCUAUAUCUCACACUCUCUCUUUAGUGAGUAGUCGUAGGUGUUAUGUACUUAAUGUUAAGAUGUAGAGAUAUUCAUUAGCAAUUGUAGGACCAGUAAGGAUAGAACUUUCUCUUUAUAAUCAUUUAAAGACAAAAGACAAAAAAUGCUGAGUGUUAUUUUCAUAGUAAUUUUUCUUUCUUUUCUUUUUGGUUUCUUUUUUGUUCUCCUUUUUUCUUUUUUUUUUGUUCCACUGUUUUGCUGGUCUCACAUGGUUUCAACUAACCAAAGCUCUCACUGAUGAAAUCUAGGAGAAAGAAAUUGCUGUACGACAGAAUUGUAAUCAAGGCAUUAAUUGGAUCCCCACCCUUGAAUGUUUUAAAAGGGGUGUGCCAUACUACCUUAAAUGCUAACGCUAGAUAUGCAAAACCGUUUCACUUUCGUUCUUUUUUUAAGAGGGAUGCAAGCUAUAAUUAGGAGGAGGAUGAUUUUUGUUAUGUGAAUGAAAAAUUCAUAAAUAUUUUUUUCUAACAAAGUAACGAUGAUGAUUAUGAUAUAGCCUAAUCAUUAUAGAAAACCUGUAAUGGGUUUUGAUAUUUAUACUCUUAAAAAAUAUCCCAGUGGCGCUACUUUUUUAAAUAUUUUUUUAAACUUUUUUUUAAAAGUUUUUGUGCUUUUUAAUUACAUUGCCAGCUUUUCAUUUUAAGUCGACAUCUACAUUCAGUACAUAUUCUGGUGUCACACUAAUUAGCUUGACUUGAGUGUAAAUCCAGUGUCACACUCACCCACACUGAAUCUGUAUUCCUGAAUCGCAUCUCUUCUCAGGGAUAUCAAACAUGAGCCAAUGUACCACAGAUUUUUGUAACGCUCGCCAGUUAUGAUCAGUAUAGCACAACUUUUAAUGAAAGGUGUCUUAAUUGAAGUUAUUCAGUACAUUUGAGCUAAAUUUAAAGGUGCUGUCGGGAUGAAUCGUGCACAGCAUUUUCUUACUGAAGACAUCUUGUAACGUUAGUUGUUCUUAGUUGGGCGUCUCUUUAAAAAGUUGAUCCAUUUAGGUCUUGGUGCUCAUAGAUUUAACAGCUGAAGGCAAAUGUUUAACAGCAGAUGAAGCACAUUUCCUUUUCUGCUGUCAAAUAAGAGUGUGACUUCUGUGAUUAAAAUGAAGGCUGGCAAUCUUUUUAAACAGUCUCGUCCAUUUGCAUCAUUUUUUUCCCGUAAUUUGAUCUCGUAGCUUGGACUUUAAGGUAGCAUGGCUCUGUUGCCACCAUUUUGUUUUCCAUGGACAGCAGUUUACAGCGGAUGAAUGUUACACAUCUUGCUAGACUAGUUAAAUCAUUGGAAAAUUGUUGGUUUAAAAAAAAAAAAAAAAAAGAAAACGAAAAAAGAAAAUGACCUGGAAGGUGUCGAGUGAUUUUGGGAGUGAACUACCGUAUCCAUUUAAACUUGAAUUUUGCGGCAAGUGCUAGGCAAUGGCCAAAACGAUCAUCCCACUAAUAAAGCAGCAAAACGUUCUACACUGUAAUGUCUAAUGUACAGUAUACUUGUAUACAUAUACAAGAUAUAUAUGUAUAGUGUAUAUAUCUCUUUGUUAAAUUGUUGAAUCAUCAUCGUAGGCGAACUGACGCUAGUCCACACUGUUCGUUUCACUCUCGCUGUGUGUCGUGUAAGAGCUGCAGCGGAUGUGCAGUAGUUUAGCUGCAGAAUGUGUCGCGUAAACCUGACGAGGACGUGUAGCUCAAUACGGUGUCAUUAGGUGGAGGGGUUUAUUUUUGCCACGUCCUUUGGGAACUCUGUCUCCCAUUUUCUCCUGAGGCUUAGGCCUCGCUGAUUGCCUUGCCCAUUCCUAACACUUGCCCAUUUUUUAACGUUAACGGACUUUUUACCGCGAGAACUGACUGAACGGACUGACGUCUGAAAGCAUCUUUCAGGUCUUCUUGUAUGGCUUGCUCAAGCCCUGUUGUAAAAUAAACUAAAGUGGAUGGGGGUCUCUCACAUCUCAGAUGUGGAAAGUAUAAUUUUAUAUUUGUAUUUUCAAAUAAUAAUGAUAAUAAUAAUAAAAAAUGUUUGUGAAAGGUUUCCAUCCUCUACUGUGGUCCAGAAAUCAAUGUGUUUGUCUGGAAAAGAUUAAAAAAAAUAAAAAAUAAAAUAAAUAAAAGAGUUUUGAACCAUUUCACUCAUGGUUUUUAUUUUCAACUUUUUUCAAGCAAUUGAUUUGUGAUUCAAAGGAAAUGAAUAUACCUGCAAAAGAUUGUAUGCCAGAACAUGCACAACGAUUAAAAUGCACAAAGUUGAAUACAGAG